UUAUUAAACAAUAUGUGGUUGAUCGUUAUUUAAUGAAUAGGCUCUAUCACGUUGGUUAAUCCGUUAUUAUUGUUCUGUGUCUGCUGUUAAUGUGGUAGAAUUGAGUAGCUAAUAAAUAAGGCUUUCUGUAUUAAUGCGCUAUUUUUUACGUUAUUCCCGAACAGAUAUACAGUAUAUCUUGCAGUCUCUAUGAUGAAGUUUAUGUACAAUAAAGACAAUUUUGACAAAUAACAUGUAUUUACAGUUUGUAUGUUGUGCUCUGUGGUGCGGCAGGUUUUGAGUCCAAAGUUGUAGCGGAGCGCCACCACCAGACGCCGCAUGGCGCAGCUGAUGGUCAUCAUGGCUGGGACAGUGCUGCUGGCAUACUACUUUGAAUGCACAGACACGUUUGGGAUCCACAUUCAGGGUUUCUUCUGUCAUGACGCUGACCUGAUGAAGCCCUACCCUGGGGUAGAAGAGAGCAGCUUCAUCCCACCUCUCAUUCUCUACUGCAUUGUGACGGCUGCACCCACAACUGUUAUUUUUAUUGGGGAGAUCUCAAUGUACGUCAUGAAGUCCACUAGAGAAGCCCUCAUUGCCCAGGAGAAAACCAUUGUGACAGGGGAGUGUUGUUAUCUGAACCCUCUCAUUCGAAGAAUCAUUAGGUUUAUUGAUGUACAUCACGAGCACCAUCAAGACGAAAAGCAGUCGCCUGGCCAAGCCUGUGCUCUGUCUGGCGAUCCUGUGUGCUGCAUUCCUUACUGGCCUGAACAGGGUGUCAGAAUAUCGCAACCACUGCUCAGAUGUGGUUGCUGGUUUCAUAUUAGGAAGCUCUGUAGCUCUUUUUCUGGGAAUCUGCGUAGUGAACAAUUUCAAAGGGAACCAUUCUACUCCUGCCAAGCAGAAGCAGGAGGAUUAUCGUGGACUGCCAUUGAUCACAUUCCCACGCGUGGAAAACCCCCUCGAGACCCUCAGUGCACAGAACCAUUCGGCAUCCAUGACUGAGGUCACAUGACUAAGGGGGCAGCACCGCGUCACUUUCGCUUCACCUCAACACUUCUAGGCACAAAAAGGUUUUUGUACUGUGGCUUACUGUAAAAAAAAGAAAAAAGACAGUAUUAUGUUAUAACUAGUUGUACCUAGAAACUGCUGUUUUGUACAUUUUGUAUAAGAGAGUGAUGUAGCUUUCCCUCAUACACUGCUCAGUUCACGUUCAAAUGUAUGCCUUCUCUUUCACGUUUUACAUCACAAAGUAAAUAUAUACAGUCUAUAUAUAAUGUAAUUGAGAUAUUGAUGUUGUUAUGUGGUAUUUGUACAAAGAAUGAUUUUAUUUAGAUUUUUUUCUGUACAUUUUUGGACAAAGAUCAUUUUGUAUUCUUUUUGUUAUCUGUAUAAAGAAUUGCCUGCUGAUUUUACAGGAAUGUUUUUGGUAUAUAUAUACUUUUUGGUGUAAGGUUAAAAAAUGUCAAAUUGUUACACGUCGUUGUAUCUGAUUCUUCUCGGGCAUCUUUGAAUGGACAUGUACUUGGCAUGAAAUACACAAAACUGUUUGAAUAACCUG